CUUCAUACGUUUUAUUCGAUCAUAGAGCACGUGUUAAAAGCCGCUUAGGUCGAUUGAAUGAAAAGUUUGUAAUAAUAUGCAAUAGUUACGAAUUUAUUUGCGAGAUUGUUUUUAACUGUGCAAAUAACUGAUUGUUAUUUUGGUCGAUAUAUUUAAGAUACGAAAAGAUGGGAUUAAUACUUGGUAAAUUAAGACGAACAGUGCAUAGAUUUAACAUAGAUAAUCGUGCAAACGCUGUUCUUUCAAGAAGUAAACCAAUUCCUGCUCCUAAAACUGCAGCUGCAAUAAAACAACUGAAACUAGCUCAGGAAAUAAAUCCAGAUUUCUUGAAGGAUCAUUAUAAAAAGAAUUUAAAACUUGAUGAAUAUUUAAAAAAUGUUUAUGUAACAUCUACAGAAACAAAGAUGGAUACAUUGAGUCAACCAAAUCCUGAUAGACCAUUACCUAAAUCGAGAACUUACCAAGACUUUGAAUUUGGAUUUUAUAUGCCAGACUCUGUUCCAGUAGGAAAACUAACUUUGAAAGAGAUAUUCCAAGUUAUUAUUAAGCAUAAGGAAGAUUCUGUUAAAAAUAGUAGUGAUAUUCUAGCUGCAAAGUAUAAAUUAGACAAAGAAACAAUAGAAAAAUUAUUAGAAUAUUACAAGUUGUAUCAAUUGGUAUUACCUAAACGUAAGGUUGAUAAUACAAAUGUAUUUUCUAUGGAAAAUAUAAAAAAAUUAUCAGUAGAAGGAUUUAUGAAAUUGAAAGAAUAUCAUAAAAAACAGAACGAUGAAAGAAAGGAAAUAAAGAAAUAAGAAAAUAUUUAAUUAUAUAAUUACUGAAGUCUAUAUUAUUUAAUAAAAUUAAUUAUAUUGAAAUGUACAUUGUAUGCGACCUAUAAAAAUGAUAGCAAACAUUCAAAUUCGAAAAUUCAAGCAUUUUGUAUGCAAAAUGGAGUAAAAAGAUAUAUAUAUAUAUAUAUAGGAUACCUAAGGUAAAUAUAAAUUAUUUUUUAAUGAAAUAUAGGUGCAGGAAAAAAUGUAUAUAUUUUACAUAUUCAUAUAUUUGUUGCAAUUAUGUAUCACAGUAAAAUUAUAGUAAUACUUAAACAUAGCUUUCAAUAAAUAGUUUAACUAAUCACAUAAGUUUUUAUAGACUGAUCAAAAUUCUUAUUAAAGUCAGUCUAAUUAUACUUGUACUUUACAUAUGGAACACACAAUAUAUAGGUCUCCAUCUUUUUUUUAAACAUAUCUAUUAUCAUUGUACUAUCAUGUGUGUACAUUGUUAUGUUACAAUUAUUGACACAAAUUAAAGUAUUUGUUUUUCUAAUCCAAUAUAGAAUGUAUAUUUUACUUGUUUUAUAUUAUAUUUAAUAAUUUUAUAUAUAUUCAAGGUUUUUUAAGUAGAACAACAAGUAAACCUUUGUAUUAACUAUAAAUCGUUGCAAAAUCUGAAACGUAAAAAAUUGCGUAUCAAUUGACAUGUGAAAAUCUAAGAAUAUUUAUGAAUAAAAAUGAUAAAGAUCAAUAAAAAAAUAUAUUUACGUACUUAAAAUAAUAUUGUAGAUAAUGCUAAUGAUCACUAGCACAUGAAUCUUUUUGAAUGUAGAAGAAUUGGAAUGAGAACGCGCGAGAAGAAUGUCCUUGUUGACUUUACCCCAUUCAGGAAUGUUUUUUGUCUUGUCCAUCAUCCAAUAAAAGCCUUUCAUUUUUAAA